CAGUGUAGACAGUACUGAGGUAGAAGGACCAAUGGUGUUUGGCCCCCCUAACCCCCACAUCCCUGAGUGUGAGGUCUCCCUGCAGCAAUUUAUCAGGACAGCAUGGAGGAAAAAAAGCUUGGCACUCCUCUAGCCCCUUCUAGCCAGGAGAUGCUGGCUUGGAGUCCAGAAUCUGCGAGUUCAAAUCCUCACUCCUGUCUCCUGAGCGUCAAGGGCCAGCUAAAGAUCACCCCCACAGUGAGUGGCUCAGGGGUUACAUGCCCAGCCACCUGUGCAGCCGUGGGCAAGCUGCAUAGUCCCAAGGAGCCCAGUUGCCCCCCAGCUGGCAGUUGCGGACAGGAAAGAGGCUGGCUGGUGCAGCUGUGGCAAGCUGAGCAGGCCCUAGCCAGCUGGGGAGGACUAGCCUCAGAGGGAGGCAAUGGGAAACUCCCUCUGAAUACCGCUUACCAUGAAAUCCCUAUUCAUAGGCUCACCAUAUUUAGGAUCGACUUGAAGGCAAUCCAUUUCCAUUUUCAAAGAAGUAAAACUAACAAGGAAGGGAAAUAAAAUCAGUUUCAGGUUCAGCCUUCAGUCCCUCCCAAAGGCUCUCCAGAACAGGAUGGCUUUCAAAAAUCUCCGGAACACCAUCAGGGAGGGAGCAGAGCGGACUUCUUGGGGUAGGGUAUUCCGGUUUGGGGGCCACAGCUGAAAAGGCUCUCUCCUGCAUGCCCGCUAGUCUGACAUCUUUCAUUCCAGGCAUGUAGAGGAGACCAGAGUGAUUUGUCUUUACUAAGUUUGCAUGGAGGUUAUAUAGCAACAUCGGAGGCUGCCCAAUACCUUUUUUUGCAUGAUAGCUGGCACCAUCUCCUGGCAUGUUCAGGCAGUGGCCAGUGCUGCAACAUCCUGACAGGGCCUACAUACUUCUGUUUGCCUGGACUCCCCUCCUUUCCCCCAUUGACCCAUCGCUCUGAGCAUCGUCAGGCAACUAGGCCUAGCUGCCAUUUUGAUUCCCACAAUGCCUCUGACUUGCUUUGCUCCAGGGCAUUGUGGGGGAAUGAAAUGGUGGCCAUGAGCCUACCGUGGCCCAACACCUGGGCAUGUUUCCCCUCAAACCUGGAGUUCUCAAACACCACACACACACACAAGUCCCUAGGCAGAAAUCCAGACCAUUCAUUAAGGCAGGAAAUCCUUCACAAUUCUAGCAACGGUUCCUAAGCAGCGGUUGCUAGGCAACUGGCCCUUGUUGAUAGUGCUGAGGGCUUCCUUUGUGCUGGCCAAGGGAGGGGACAAAAGCUUGCUGCCUUCGGAUGCUCCGAGUGCCAUCGCUGGGACACUUGAGACACGGGUGUUGCCCAAGCAAAAAGUGCGCGCCGAGCCUCCGAAGUGGCAAGCCUGCUCCAGGAACGUGAUGUUUGGCUGGCUUUCCUUAUGGCUCGUCUGGAAUACAAACCCACUAACGCUUUGUUAAAGCAUUUAGGGCGUGCCGAGCGCAGUCACUGUCCUGAGAACAAAUGGGCGUCGGCAAGGGAGCUCCCCAGAAAGAGAUUGAUCUUCCACCUUCUGAGCAAGCAAGGCGAGUCUGCCGGGGAGGCUGUGAGCACUCCGGGAAGCAGACCCCAGCCUCAGCUAAGGAAAGAAGAGCUAGCACUCAGGCUGGAUCCCAUCAUGGAAUCUGUCAGUGACUGCGAAUUAAGCAGCAGCCAGCAAGUGGAGGCCUUAGAUCUCCAUGGUUUCUCCAGGACGAGCUCUGGGGUCCCUAAGAUGAACCCAGAGAGACAAUCCCCAGUUAGAAGGGCCAGCCAAGCCCAGAGUCUCGAAAGGAUCCCUCUGGAGGCCACAAGCCUGGGGGCGGGAGGUCGCAACGUUGCAACGGAGGGGAACCUAGGCCGGGAGGAAGGGUGCAAGGAAGGUCCCGCCACAGAGCCGCAAGCAACGGCUCUCGUCCAGGAAGCCAUUGCAGGUGUGAAGCCAUCUGGCCCUUCUCAGGGCCCGGUCAGCAACGUGCCCCCAAAGUCUCGCUCCACCUCGAAGGUAAACUCUAAGGGGUCCUUAGCGGGUGGCGCCGGCAAAUGGAAAAAGAAAGGCAAGCUUCGGACACAAGGAGGCAAUUCCAACGUAGCUGAAGGGGAGCCGGCAAACGAAACCAAAUCCAAAGGACCGAAAGGCAUCCCCAAAUCAUCACCCCGAAUGAAUCACCCAGAAGAGAAGAAGACAGAAGAACCCCCAGGGCUGGGGCCUUUCUAUUACCUUGGAGGAGCAAAUGGAGUCGAUAUACUGAAUGCCUUCUGCAAAAACAAAGGCUGGCAGCGUAUCUACGACAACCGGAGGGAAGAUUACAUCCUGAAAUGGUGUGAGACGAAGUUUCGGGACACCUAUUUCAACUUCAGGGAAGGAGAACAGCUGCUUUACCAGAUCCCUAACAACAAGAUCCUCACCACAAAGAUCGGCCUUUUGAUGAACCUCAGAGAGUAUGAGCGGGUGAUGAGGAAGAUCAGCAGAACCACAAAGGUGUUGAUAAUGGAGGACUUUUUCCCUGAGACUUUCCGCCUGGACACCAAAGACGAGAGAGAAAUCUUCUUUGAAAUAUACGCAGAGCCUCAGAUCUGGAUCUGCAAGCCCACCAGCUCGAACCAAGGGCGAGGGAUCUUCCUCCUGAAAAACCAAGCCGAGGUCAACGACUUGCAAGCCCGGCUGCUCAGCAUCGAGGAAGACCCUCUAUACAAGAAACUGCCCUACAAAAUACCCCCCGCGAGAAUCGUGCAAAGGUAUAUCGACAAGCCACUGCUCUUAGAGGGGAAAAAGUUUGAUGUCCGCUCCUACCUCCUCAUCGCCUGCACAGCGCCUUACAUGCUCUUCUUUGGCCACGGCUACGUCCGCCUCACAUGCCUGAACUAUGACCCGAAGUCAGAAGACCUCACUUCUCAUCUGACCAAUCAGUAUGUGCAGAAGAAGAGCCCAAUGUACAGCCACGUCAAGGAGGAAACCGUGUGGCGGAUGGACCGCUUCAACAACUACGUCAAUGAGAGGCUCAGGCACAUCAAAGGGCUCCCCAAGGACUGGGUCUUCAACGGAUUUACCAAGAGAAUGAAAGAAAUCAUGCUCCAGUGUUUUUUGGCGGUCAAGUCCAAGCUGGAAUGCAAGGUGGGCUACUUCGAUCUCAUUGGCUGCGACUUCUUGAUCGACGAAAACUUUAAGGUCUGGCUUCUGGAGAUGAAUGCAAACCCCGCCUUGCACACCAACUGCAGUUCUUUGAAGAGCAUCAUUCCCACGGUGGUAAACGAAACUCUGGAUCUGGCCAUAGAGAUCUUCACCAAGAGAGAAAAGGCCGAGAACAUUUUGCCUUUGGAGUCCCUCUGCCAUUUUGUGCUGCUGUACAACGGGGUGACCAUGGACAAUGGAUUGUCACGGACCACCAAGAGUAGGACGUCUCUCCGUUCUCUGAGGAGCCACCGAUCGCUCACCGACAACACCAGCUUCUGCAACAACAGCUACAAUGCCAGCACUGGGCGCCUGGCAGAGAAGCCGCUGGCCAAAGCUUUGGAGAAGACACCCAAGGUGGAGCUAUCCAGCCAUUCUGAAGGGAUCACCUUCCUGCCCAGCAAGGGUGUCCCCAGGGACACUUUGCCCAUGCCCCAGAUCCAGAUCUCCAUUGUUCCCAAUGUUGCCUGUUGCCCUUCCGUCAAAGCCAUCCUCCGGGGCAACCAAGUCUGUAGGAGUGGCAACCAGUACAUCAUCAAACAUGUGCCGGCACCCUUGGACAGACACCCCAUGGCCGAGAGUGGCGAUGACAAGGCCAAAGCCACAGCUGGUGGCACUGCUGGAAACCCUUCCAAGGACCGAUCCUAUGCAGCUUGGUUCCAGCAAACGUUUGGGACCAAGUUCCAAGCGGCUGGUGGCAAUGGGACAGCUGGCCCCUUGACCAGCUCGCAGAUGGUCUCUCUUCAUCUUCAGUCCAGUCUCCCUCCCACCCUCCCUGCCUUCCAGGAGUUUACCAGGCCCCUGCGCCAGCUCAUGACUCACGCCAAGCUGCCGGCUGAGAGCGGGAAGGCCUUGGCCCUCAGCCAUAGCUGCAGCGAAUCGCUCCCGGAUGAGAAGAAGGUCUCGUACCGUGGCUCUUAA